AUGAGAAACGGAAGGCGGUUGACGAGAGACACAUUGAUGAGCGAGGACCAUGAAGAACGGCGACUUUUGGAGCGGUGCCGGAUAAUCAGAGCAGAUCUCUGGCGUUCUUAUCAAGAGCUCCUCAUCGCAUAUGUGGAAAUACUGGCGGCGCUUGUGAUUCAAUCGUGUAUGCCAAUAUUCUUCUCAUUUCCGACCAAAUUUCUGUACUUCUUUAUGCAACUGGGCCUCUUCGAGUCCUUAGUUGGCGAAUAUCUGGUGUUCGCCAUGUCACCAAUGUUGGCUGUGGUCGAUCCAUGUGUGACGUUGUAUUACGUACUACCCUAUAGACAUUUUAUAAUGGGAAUGCUCAGAAUUGGCAACAAGAGAAAGAACUUCUCGAACGUCGCCGUGAUCGCAGCAACUCAAAAUCAAUUUGCAGCAUCUGAUGUUAAUGGUUCUGUGUAA